UCAGUGCCCCAUCUACCCUUUUUUUAAACACCUCCAGGGAUGGUGAAUCCACCACCUCCCUGGGCAGCCUAUUCCAAUGUUUAAUAACCCUUUCAGUGAAAAAAUGUUUCCUAAUAUCCAAUCUAAACCUCCCCUGACGUAACUUGAACCCGUUUCGAAUAGGUACUAAGCUGAGGACCGGGGCAGAGGUCUUGCUCUCCUGCCCUCUCCCCCGUCUCCUACCACGGUUUCUCAACCCGUGGUGCACGGCGGGCUCGUGAUCAGUUACACAAGAAGGUAGUGCCUGAAAUGAGUGCAAUGUGGUUUUAAAAAUAAAAAAACCCAAACAUGUUCCCUUGCAGGCUUUUGGACGUUUGGGGGGGGGGGAGUAAUAAACCUUGUUUAGACUAAUCUUAUCUGGCUGUUUGGCAACACUGCAGGAGUACUUGGGAGAUCUUUUUCCAUUAGGUAGGUUGUCCAGUGGUUAAAAAAAGCGGAGGAAAAAACACUGCUCUUGACCUCUCUGUGCUGUACAUAAGCUCUUGCGUGCUGAUCUCUGUGCACAUAGUUCUGCCCCAAGCCUUGGGUGGUCACCCAAGCCACCUUGAUUUGGUGUGGGAUUUAAAACUCGCUGCAUCCUGCUUCAGAGAGACUGUAGCCACCCUUCCCACCUCGUCAGCCAGGCAGUCUGAACCGUUUCCUGAUUUGGCCUUAAUCUCUCAUUAAAAAUAAAACUUUGAGGCUUGACGGUCUCACUGCACUGGGAAGUCAGGAGUGCUCAUACACACUUGUCCGGUUGGCUCUUUGUUUGGCACCAUGGUGGAAUCUGCUGUCACAGUUGUUCAGGUAGAGAAGUGUCCAGCUGGCCUUAUUUUAUGAGCAAAGAGAGCCGACACGUGGGCAAGCAGUGGUUAGUUUGGGAUGGGUAAGUGGAUAUAAAUUAGCUCCCCUCUGGCACGUUCCCCAGAGACGGUGGGAAGUCCUCUUACAGUUAUCGCUGGUAUGGGUCAGCCGUGCAGCUGACUCUUCGCAAGAAGACGCGAAGCCGGGAGGCUGGGAUGUGCUGUGUUUGCUGGCGUGCUGCUUUGCCUCCUUCCUGCAUGUUUCACCAGGGCUAGCAGCACCGGCAUCGCUUUGAAGAGCUGUGCUGCGGGGGGGAAAAAAAGUCUCUUUUGGGGACGUCUCACCUAACCUACCAGCUCAGCUGGCUGUACUUUGAGCUCAGAUAAACAACUGACCACCUUUUGAAGCGCCGCUUGCUGGAUUGCAGCCGGUUCCUGACUUGGAGGAGAAGCACCAGGAGGUACAGGAAGCUUUCUUCCGCUGUGGAGCUGUGAAAAGAGCGAGGAGACAGUCUCCAGCCUAGGUUUCUGAUCCGUCUUAUCUCCAAGUUUCGAGUCCUUUUGUGCCUGAAGGGUAGAUGAGGGCUCUACCAAGGUAGGGGAUGUUUUUUAGAUCACAGUCCAGCCCUAUAGGCAUAGUGAUAGGGGAGCAAUCGAUGCGGAACAGCCUCUUGCAGGAGUUUUCUGCCUAGAGGCUCCACAGGACAACCAGAGGUCCCUUGAGAGUCCUCAGUACUCCCCAAGUUAUCCAGGGAUUUGGGAUCUACCUCUUGGAGGAGAACUUGCUGGCAGAACAGCUCGCGACAGCCCGUUGGUGCCGGCAGUGCCUUCUAGCCCUUUCUUGGGAGCUUUAAUCUGCAGUUGUUCAAGAGAGACGCUGACAUCAGCAUAAGUGUGAAAUUCCUCCCUGGUUCUCCACUGCGGUUUUGCUCACCUGGAGACCACGUUCAGCUCUCGUCCAGCCACAGGGCCCCAUCCUCGGAGUGACCGCUUGGACCAAACUGUGAGUCUGUGGCCUGGAAGUUCAGACCCGUCCAUGGUUGGUGCGUGCACGCAGUGAGAGAACUUCAUUUAAUGCUGGAAUAUGUCCAGCUGCUGGAGCUUUAUGAAUGUUCUUGUGUUUCCAGCGUCGAGGAAGAUUGACAGCCUUUCAGUUAGCUGAUUUUUAAUUUAAAAAUGUGCUUCUCUUCAAAGAUUUUGUCGACCCAAGGAGCGAUUACUCCAGGGCUAUUGCUGAACUACCAGCAUUUUUGAAGGUCAGCAUCUGCAUAUUGGUCUCAGCAUCUUCCAGUAUCGGAACAGAUGUGUCUCUCUCUAUUGUGUAACUCCUUUGUGGAUGUACAGGUUUUUUUCUGUUGUCACCCAAAGGAAAGGCUUUUUGUCCAUACAGAUUUUAGGCAGUCCUGCUUUACUUUCAAAGACAAGCCUGGAUCUUGCUGUCCUUUAUGGCGUGUGGACUGCAGCCACUCUGCUGCUCGAAUUCUUCCUAAGCGUUGGUUAUUCCAAGGUUCAAUGUGAAUAUCGUUUUAAAAUGUUAAAUUGUUUGCAGCCAGUCCCGUACACAGAAUCACGACUGCUCAGGCUGUGACUUUGGCUUCGUGCUGCAGGCUGUGGUGAGAACCCAAAAUCAAGAGCCUGUCCCUUGGUACUCUUGGCGGAGCGCUCACCUUGAGUUCUGCGCAGUGUAUUAGUUGGGGUGUGCCGUGUUCAAGACUAUGGCAGUAAGCCUGCCCCAAUGUUUAUGCCGGCUUGGGAGAUCUUUUUUUACUCCUGACUUCCUCUUUAAAUUGGAAUUUCAUUUUUACCUGGGUGCUUAUGCUUGCUUUGUCUUUUGUAUUUGGAGAAAUAAAUACAGAGCGAGUCAUACUGACUUAUUGGAGGAAUAUUGGUGCUUUAUCACUGCAGGUGACUUGACAUUUCAAAUAGAGGAGGAGAUAAUAGGUUUGAGCUUCUUUCUGGGUCAAGAAAAGGAAAAACGUUGAACAGAGUUGCUCUGGGCCUGGGCAGUUUGUGUCCGUAGGAGAACGAGACUGGGAGGACCUUGAAGAAUUGCAACAACCUGGAAAACAAGGAGUGCGGGAAGAGGAUGUUUGUGUUCUUUCUUGAAGAACAACUCUUUCAUUUGCAAAGCUUGAGACCAAGGACAGUGUGAAAGAAGGGAUUGUUCCUUGCCUGGAUGAAUGCAAAGAUCACAGGGAAGAAUUACAGAUCUCUAGCACAGGAGCUGCUUGCGCAGACAACCUUAAUCUCUUCUCCCUGGACAUCAAGGGCAGCUUAAAUGCUGAAGUGUGUGUAUGAAGAAUUGACCAAAACCUUACAGGAUUCAUGAAUAAAAUUUUCCAUCCCAACAUUGACGAAGCGUCAGGAACUGUAUGUCUAGAUGUAAUCAAUCAAACUUGGACAGCUCUCUACGAUCUCACCAAUAUAUUUGAAUCGUUCCUGCCCCAGCUGCUGGCCUAUCCUAACCCUAUAGAUCCUCUAAAUGGUGACGCUGCAGCCAUGUACCUCCACCGACCAGAAGAGUACAAACAGAAAAUUAAAGAAUACAUUCAGAAAUAUGCAACAGAAGAAGCACUAAAAGAACAGGAAGAAGGCACCGGGGACAGCUCGUCCGAGAGCUCCAUGUCCGACUUCUCUGAAGAUGAGGCUCAGGAUAUGGAGUUGUAGUAGAAGAGGCAACCUGCUUUUCAGAGAGACUCUAAUUUCCUAACCAUGAGAAGCAGACUAUAAUAUUCAUAUUUAAACAAAGCAAUUUUUUUUAUUACUAAACAAGGUUUUUAUGAAUAAUAGCAUUGAUAUAUAUAUAUAUAUCACCCUUUAGAUCUUGAUUUUUUUUUUUCUUGGUCAUUUCUCGAACCCGAGGUGCAUAGCAUAUUCCCACAUUCCAUUUUGGUAGCAAUAUGCAGCCCGAAUGCAUGCAUUCAAAUUCCAUUUGGCCAAGUCAACUUGUGUGCUACUGAACUGUCAGCUAAAACAGCUGCCCUGGUAGGUAGGGAGUUAGCAAAGAUGUUUGCUUUCGUAUCGAUGUUUCCAAAGACGCCACCUUGGAUGCUUAACGUGGAACAGCGUUUUCGCAAAGUCUAAAAUCUGGGGGAUGAUAUACUAACCGUGUAGAUCAGAACAGUGGAAUAAAAGGUGCUCCUUCAGGUCAACCUUGCUGAUCGUAUUUUACGUGGAGUCACAUUUAAAGAAAUAAAAUAAUAAAAACAAACAGUACAAAUGCAUGGAGCUAUUCAGAGCAUUGAAGCUUAAAAAUUUUGACUUGGAUUUUAAGUCCGUUUUUAUAUGUGGACUCCUGCCUGCCCUUCUGAACUGUAGGGACUGACAACCACUGGUCUAUUUGCUUUUGGGACUUUUGAACGCCUUCAUCUGGAUGUUGUUCACUUUCUCGGUCUGGAUUACGAGCUGUUCCCCUUUUUGGGAGGAAAAAAAAAAGCAAAACAAAACAAAAAAAAAACAAAAA